AUGCUAUAUAAAAAUGCGUCGUGAUGAAAACCAUCAACAUUUGUAUUAAUCGAUGAUAAAAUAUUGCGUAAUAUUCACAACUUCAUCAGUUGAUCCACAGAGGCUGUUCAACCACCAUUGGCCGAUAUUGGGCGCCGUAAUAAAUAAAUAAAUAGCGAGGAGAGACUGCAGACGAUCUGCUGAUGUCAGGCGCUUCAGUGGUGCAUUUAAUGCUGCAGGGUGGAUCAGGUCUUAUUCAUCUCUAUUCACACAUGCGAACCUGACGACCAAAAUGGGGACUAUCGUCAGACAAUGCGUGUUUAUAUCGACGGUAUUACUGUAUAUGAUUCCGUCGGCCAACACCGGGAAACGGGUUUUUAAAUGUCCGUCCUCGUGGAGCUGCUCGAAGGAGUCUAUCAUAUGCGUCGGAUCUUCUAACGUCCCGAAAUUAAUCCCCAACGAUGUCAGCUCACUGAGUAUUGUGAAUGGGACCUUUUCCGAGAUCAAGGAGGCGAUGUUCACGCACUUGCCGUCUUUACAGUUACUGUUGCUUAACUCCAAUGCUCUCACUACAAUAAGGGAUGAUGCAUUUUCCGGCCUUUCACACCUGGAGUACCUGUUCAUAGAAAACAACAAGAUUGAGACGACAUCAAAAUACUCUUUCAGAGGACUCAGAGAUUUGACCCACCUGUCUUUGGCAAACAACAACAUUAAAGCUUUGCCACGAGAUCUUUUUGCAGAUCUGGAUUCAUUGAUAGAGCUGGAUCUGAGAGGUAAUGCCUUCGAAUGUGACUGCAGAGCGAAAUGGCUGAUGUUGUGGCUGAAGAGCACUAAUGCCAGUGUAUCAGACGUCAUCUGUGCUGGGCCUGAAGAAAUGAAGGGCAAACGUCUCAAUGACAUGACAAGCUUACAUAAUGAGUGCUUCUCCACAGAUUUUGUUCCCCUCCACUCUGUGUCUACUGAGUCUUUAUCCGUGGACACUUUCUCCUACAAGAAUGAUGUGUAUGUGGCCAUCGCUGCUCCCAACAUAGAAAGCUGCAUGGUUCUCCAGUGGGACCACAUUGAGAUGAACUUCAGGAGUUACGACAACAUCACAGGUCAGUCCAUUGUCGGCUGCAAGUCUGUGAUCAUCCAGGACCAGGUCUUUGUCAUCGUAGCUCAGCUUUUUGGCGGAUCUCACAUUUAUAAGUUUGACGAGGACCAAAGCAAGUUCACAAAAUUCCAGGACAUUGAGGUGUCUAAAAUUUCCAAACCGAACGAUAUUGAGUCCUUCCAGAUUGGCAAUGACUGGUUCUUCAUCAUCGCUGACAGCUCUAAGGCUGGGCUGUCCACCCUCUACAAAUGGAAUGACAAGGGCUUCUACUCGUACCAGUCCCUUCAUGAAUGGUUUCGCGAUACAGACGCAGAGUUUGUCAAUUUGGACGGCAAGGCGCAUCUUAUCCUGUCGAGUCGUUCUCAAGUACCGGUCAUCUACCAGUGGAGCAAAAGCACUCAGAAGUUUACAUUGCAUGGUGAGAUUCCCAACAUGGAAGAUGUGGUUGCAGUCAAGGCCUUCCGCAUCAAAGAGGAGCUGUAUCUGGCCAUGACGCGAUACAUUGGUGACUCAAAGGUCGUGCGCUGGACUCCCAAGGAGUUCGCUGAGAUUCAGGCAAUUCCUUCGAGGGGUUGCAUGAUCCUGCAGCCGUUUUCCUUCAAAGAAAGAUACUACCUGGCUCUGGGAAGCGACUACACGUUCUCACAGAUUUAUCUGUGGGAUGCCGAAACAAAGGUUUUCGAGCGAUUCAAGGAAGUCUACAUCCAGGCUCCGCGUUCCUUCACCGUGGUCUCCACUGAUAGGAGGAACUUCAUCUUUGCUUCCAGUUUCAAGGGGAACACGCAGAUCUUUGAGCAUAUCAUCAUUGAUCUGAGCCUUUAAGUGCUGUUGUGGACACAGUCUCAGUUAAAGCAUGUCUGUGUUUGUCCUCCAGGAGGUGGAGAUAUUUACUGGGCAAACAUUUAUUGGGUGUAUAAAGUUUGAAAGGAAAGUGAAUAUGGCAUUAUCAGUUUCACAGUAAUUAGUAUCAAAUCUUGUAUAUGUAUAGUUGACAUUGUUUUAGAGAGGGGCCUAUAAAUUAAAGCUGUAAUGUAUUGAAAAUUGUUUUAUAUUAUUUUUCUAUUAUUAUAAGUUCCUUAUCCCCACUUAAUUAAAAAACAUGUUAUGAUAUACGUAUGGUGCAUUAAAAAGUGCUUAAAAGAUUGCAUUUGUCACCUGUAACUAAAUACACACAAACACACGCACAACCUUUAAAAACUGGUAUAGUAUGUUGUGAUACCAUGCAUGAAACGGUUGCAAAUAAGGCAUGUAUAUAACAUAAUGUAGAUACGAUACAGGUGAGAAAUGCAAUUCUAUUCACUUUAUUAAUCCAAUACAUCUUUACAACUUUACUUACUUUUAAAACAAUAUAUUUACUUCACAGUUUCAAUGUUUAUUGAAUCAUAUCUUUGUUGGUGAAUGGACAACUCUGUAACAGUAAGUAAUGUUCUCACCCUUAAGUCGAUCCAAACCUGUAGAAAUUUAUUUGAUUUGCUAUAAGAUUUUAAGCAAUGUUUGUAACUAAACUGUUUCUGACACCAUUAACUUCCAUAGUAUUUUUUCCUACUAUGGAUGUCAAUGGUGCUCCUGCUUUGUGCUUGAUUACAGAUACAGGUAUCUUCCUUUGUGUUCAUUUUUUGGUGAACUAUUCCUUAUGAUCCUUUUGCAUAUUGAUUAGAAUCUGUUUGGAAUAACCAAUCAAAAUGUCAGGUUUAGGUUUGGGUGCACUGAAUUCAAGUACGUGAAAUGUGUCGAAUUUUAACAUGUCCAGGAAACAUUUCACUUUUCACAUCAAAAGAUUAACAAUAUUUUACAUCUAGAAAAUAAAGCCUGUUUAAAGGAA